AUGUCCGAGGAGUCGACCCCGGGCCCCAAGGAGAGCCCGCCGGCCCAGCCACGGGCAGGCUCCCGCGAGGUGUGGAAGAAGGGCGGCCGCCUCCUGUCCGUGCUGCUGGCCGUGAACGUGCUGCUGCUCGCCUGCACGCUCAUCAGUGGCGGCGCCUUCAACAAGGUGGCGGUGUACGACACCGACGUGUUCGCGCUGCUCACCACCAUGAUGCUGCUCGCCUCCCUCUGGAUCCUCUUCUACCUCCUGCGGACCGUGCGCUGUCCCAACGCCGUCCCCUACCGGGACGCGCACGCCGGCCCCAUCUGGCUCCGAGGUGGGCUGGUGCUGUUUGGGAUCUGCACUCUUGUCAUGGAUGUCUUCAAGACUGGCUACUACUCCAGUUUCUUUGAGUGCCAGUCGGCCAUCAAGAUCCUGCACCCUCUCACCCAGGCUGUGUUUGUCAUCGUCCAGACUUACUUUCUCUGGGUCUCCUCGAAAGACUGUAUUCACGUCCAUCUGGAUCUGACCCGGUGUGGUCUCAUGUUCACCCUCACCACAAACCUGGCUAUCUGGAUGGCAGCUGUGGUGGACGAGUCCGUGCACCAGACCCACUCCUAUGAUAGUUCCCACAGCAACACCAGCCACCUUCGCCUCGCCCUUGACCAGCGUGCUGGCAGCUCGGUGGGAGGAGACUGUUCCUGCAACACGGCCAUCUGCCAGAUCUUCCAGCAGGGCUACUUCUACCUGUAUCCCUUCAACAUUGAGUACAGCCUGUUUGCGUCCACCAUGCUGUACGUCAUGUGGAAGAAUGUGGGCAGGCUGCUGGCCUCCUCCACCCACGGCCACGGCCACACCCCUUCCCGGGUCAGCCUCUUCCGGGAGACCCUUUUCGCUGGCCCGAUCCUGGGCCUGAUGCUCUUCGUGGUGGGGCUGGCCGUCUUCAUCAUCUACGAGGUCCAAGUGAGUGCGGAGGGGGGCCGCCUCCAGCAGGCCCUGGUCAUCUACUACAGCUUCAACAUCAUCUGCCUGGGGCUCAUGACCUUGGUCAGCCUGAGCGGCUCGGUCAUCUACCGCUUUGAUCGCCGGGCCAUGGAUCACCAUAAGAACCCCACUCGGACCCUGGAUGUGGCAUUGCUGAUGGGCGCCGCCCUGGGCCAGUACGCCAUCUCCUACUACUCUAUCGUAGCCGUGGUGGUGGGCACACCCAGGGACCUGCUGGGGGCGCUCAACCUAGCCCAUGCGCUACUCAUGAUUGCCCAGCACACCUUCCAGAAUGUGUUCAUCAUCGAAAGCCUCCACCGGGGACCGCCCGGAGCUGAGCCUCAUGAUACCACCCCCAAGGAGCCCUGCCAUGGUCUUACCUUUGCCAACUUGGAUGCCCUCCACACCUUGCCCGGCUGCCCACCCACUCCUAGGCUGGUCGGCACCAACCCAGUGGGCCCUCAGGAAGCAGUGGCCAUCAUCUUGGCCCCCAGGGGCCACUGGAGACGCCGGUGCCUGAAGGACAUUUCUCUGUUUCUCCUGCUCUGCAAUGUCAUCCUGUGGAUCAUGCCUGCCUUUGGAGCCCGCCCUCACUUCAGCAACACCGUGGAGGUCGACUUCUAUGGCUACUCCCUCUGGGCGGCCAUCGUCAACAUCUGUCUGCCCUUCGGCAUCUUCUACCGUAUGCACGCUGUCUCCAGCCUGCUGGAGGUCUACGUGUUAUCCUGA